UAGAGCUAUUAGCGCUUAGCUGAACAGAAGACAACAACAGCAUGAUCCAUACUGACGGGAUAGUAGGCCAGCUAUGGACCCCGAUAACAAGUAUCAAUGCGUGGCAACAAACGCGUGGAUCUUGCUGACUUGAUGAAGAUACCGAUUUUAUUGCUAAACGUACAGUAAGGUGCUCACUGUUUCUCAAGUGCUUUGAAAAACACACCGCUGCUGAGUUCUCGACUCGAGAAUCUCUAUGUGCGAGCGUCUUCCGGCGGGAGCAGCAGAAGCAGAGGUGCCAUGAACAGUGGACUCCCCGCUUCAGCUGCUCCGCUCGGGGGUGUCGGUAUACCCGGUGUGAAGGUGAAAUUCUGCCGCUACUAUGCGAAAGACAAGACUUGUUUUUACGGAGAUGAAUGCCAGUUUCUGCACGAGGACCCGUCCAUGGCGAGCCUUUCUCUACUCGGCGGUGGAGUUGGUGCUGGUGGAAGCCCCGUCUCUUUAUCUCUGACCGGAGGAGCAAUGACGGCGGCGGGUUACGCGCUCGGAGGCAGCGCGGCCAGCAGCUCUCCGGCGAACGUUCCCAAAAAGAGUGAUUCUCUCGGUCCCGCAGGAACGGCUUUGGAGGGUCAGCUGUUGUCCAUCCCUGGAAUGGAUGGAGGUGCUCUGACUGAUACCAGUCUGACCAACUCGUACUUCAGCUGCACCUUUAUUGGGGUAAAUGGGUUUGGAGGUCCAGCAGAGUCCAAGUAUUCAAUGAUGCAGAGGAUGACGAGCAGCAGCAGCUCUCCAAGUCUGCUAAACGAUGGAGCCAAGAGCUAUAGCCACGGCACUCAUGAUCCAGUCAAUUCCCCAACGUCAUCUCUCUUCAGUGAUUUUGGUGCUUUGAGCAUAUCACAAAGGAGAAAGGCUCCUAACCCCGCAGCCAGUGAAUUUGUCCCUAAAGGGGCUCCACGAAUGGCCUCCAUGUCUCAGACGACUGUGCCAACCUUCGCCUCCCCCAUGUUCCCUCAUCAUGGUCUGGGCAACUCCACUGUGGCUGCUCUUGCACCUGGUAUGUCCCUCUCGGCUGGGUCAUCUCCUCUCCAUUCCCCCAAAAUCACUCCUCACACUUCCCCAGCCCCGCGACGACGCAGCCACACGCCCAACCCUAACCCAGCCAAUUACAUGGUGCCCACCACUGUGUCUGACAAGGGGGGUGGAGCCCACAUAAUUCAGAAGGAGACUGUGGGCGGGACUACCUACUUCUAUACUGAUAACACCCCUGCUCCCUUGGCCGGAAUGGUGUUCCCAACGUAUCACAUGUAUCCCCAAACGGCACCUCAUGUGGCGUACAUGCAGCCGAAAGCCAAUGCGCCAUCUUUCUUUAUGGCUGAUGAACUCCGACAGGAGCUGAUUAACAGGCAUUUGAUAACAAUGGCACAGAUAGAUCAGUCUGAGAACCCUGGAGUGCCGUCUGAGGUAGACAGUUACCACAGCCUCUUUCCCCUGGAACCCCUCCCCCCACCCAACCGCCUUCAGAAAACCAGCAACUUCAGUUACAUUACUUCCUGUUACAAGGCAGUCAACAGCAAAGAUGACCUGCCUUACUGCCUCAGGAGGAUACAUGGCUUCAGGUUGGUGAACACCAAGUGUAUGAUGCUGGUAGACAUGUGGAAGAAGAUUCAGCACUCCAAUACUGUGACCCUUCGGGAGGUUUUCACCACCAAAGCUUUUGGAGACCACUCAUUGGUAUUCUCCUAUGACUUCCAUGCGGGGGCCGAGACAAUGUUCAGCAGGCACUUCAACGAUCCGUCAGCAGAUUCUUACUUCACGAAAAGAAAGUGGGGGCAGCAUGAGCUCCCUCCUCCACGGCAACACGUGGGUCUGUUACCAGAGUCUCUGAUCUGGGCCUACAUCGUCCAGCUGAGCUCAGCACUGCGCACCAUUCACACAGCUGGCCUGGCCUGCAGGGUCAUGGACCCCAGCAAGAUCCUCAUCACUGGAAAAACACGGUUACGAGUCAACUGUGUUGGAAUGUUUGAUGUCUUAACAUUUGACAAUAGUCAGACCAACCACCUGGCGCUUAUGCCCCAGUACCAGCAAGCAGAUCUUAUCUCCUUGGGGAAGGUGGUGUUGGCUCUGGCGUGUAACUCUCUAGCUGGCAUUCAGAGAGAGAAUCUGCAGAAAGCCAUGGAGCUGGUGUCCAUCAACUACUCAUCUGACCUCAAGAACCUCAUACUGUACCUGCUCUCAGAACAGAGCCGUCUGCGCAGCGUCAAUGACAUCAUGCCCAUGAUUGGAGCACGGUUUUACACUCAACUUGAUGCCUCGCAAAUGAGGAAUGAUGUAAUUGAGGAGGACUUGGCCAAGGAGGUUCAAAAUGGGCGAUUGUUUCGCAUACUGGCAAAACUGGGAACCAUUAAUGAGAGACCAGAGUUCCAGAAGGACCCAACAUGGUCUGAGACUGGUGAUCGUUAUCUGCUGAAGCUCUUCAGGGAUCACCUGUUUCACCAGGUAACUGAGGCAGGCACGCCCUGGAUCGACCUCAGCCACAUUGUAUCCUGUCUCAAUAAGCUGGAUGCUGGAGUACCAGAGAAGAUCAGCCUGGUGUCACGGGAUGAGAAGAGCGUGCUUGUGGUGACCUACUCAGACCUGAAGCGUUGCUUUGAGAGCACCUUUCAGGAACUGCUUGCCGCCGCUAACAGUCCGCUGUAGCAACCACCCGUCCCCACAGUAGUGGGCUGAAACUGCCUGAAACAGAGCACAUUGCACUACAGCCUGGAACAAUAGGUGCAGAAUGAUGAUCUCACAACCAGGGCGGAGCCAGCUGGUUUCUCACCUUCAGUCAGAUACACUGUUCUGUCCAGAGAAGUCUUUUUUUCUAAAGCAUAUUUUUUUAGUUUUCACAACACUGCAGCUGCAGAAUUAUGAACUGAACUGGAAGCUGUGAUAUUUUUUUUUAGACUCAGGAACAAUGUCAGAAAUAAGAGACUUCCUGCUUUUAUUUUUAAAAAAAUUAUUUGGAGGAUGCACAACAUUUUUUAGGUUCCUUUUUAAGUGAUUGUGUGUGCGUGUCCCACAGGGUGCAUUGUGGACUGAGGCCUCACACAUGAAAAGGAAGAACUAGAAUUAAACUAGAAAAACAGAUCUUCGUUUUUUUACACCAUCUCCUCACCCAUUUUUAUCGAGGUUCUACUAGAUGGAACAGACCACUGGUCGUUUGUGGGGUUCCUUGCCCAAAUCACUUUUUGCCUCAAUUCUCACUUAGAUGGGACAAACCACUGGGCUUGUUAAUGAGGGGUGGGCAAAUCAAUUAUAGUGACAAUUAUAGUGACCACUUAUGAAUGUGUGGCAUGAGUUGUAGUGUGCCCCCUUCCCUCCCCGUAAUGACUGCCAUCUCGGAGGUGGUGGGGGGGGCAUUUAGGGUGGGGGGUGUAAUUUCACAUCAUUUGCUGGCGCUGACAAAGGGGUGCUCUCUCCUCUUGCUAUGUAAAAUUAUGGCAUUAAUUUCAGAGUUUUGCAACAUCCUUAUUCAUUUUACAGAUGCUUUUGAAAUGUAAUUCAAAAUCGGAAUUUGAGAGAGUGGAUUUAUUUUGUCUUUUUAGUCAGGCUCUCAAGAUAGGAACCAAGUAACUGGACCAUGCUAGCUUGAGAAACCAGUUCUGGUGCAUUGUAGAAUGUCCUCCUUAUGCCUCUGUUGUGGAGCAUCCAAACUUUCUGUCCAUUUCUCCUUUGCACUCUUUCUUUUCCCCUGCCAUGCUUACUCCUCUAUUCUUUUCCAUACCUCUGUCUCUACCGCCCCUCUCUGGGUCUUCACACUAGUGUUGGUUUGGAUAUAGUGAAUCUCAGUAGAGCUCUCUCGUGUUGUUACUGUCAUUCCAUUUCUGCUCCAAACUGUUGUAUAGAGAUGCAUGAUGGGAUGUUUGCGAUCUCACCUCACUAGAGUGCUCUCUGUGGACCAAUCUCAUCAGGAUGAAAGGGGGGUUGGGCUAGUUGGGAUUGUAUUUGGUUUUCUUUCUUUUCAUUGUUUUUUUUUUUUUUUGUUUUUUUUUACAAUUAUUUGACCCACAAAUUAUGUGAUGGAAAUGUGCUUUAACUGAACCUGGUUCGCUUAGGAUGAUCCCUGAAAGGAAAAAGCCAAUGACUGAAUGUGUCUGACCUGUCAUUGGUGACUUGCCCAGUCCUUGAGUCAAGCUGUGGUGGAACGGACAGAGAAGGGUACAGGAUACAGCAGGCAGAGCUGCAGUGAGGUGCUGCGAGUUGAAUAAUGUACUAUUGCUCCUUUUUUGUAUCUUCUUUUUAGUAUAAAGAUCAGUCAGUAAGAAACUUGGUGAACAUUGUGCCAAGCCCUUAUUCCACUUGAAGUGACAUUACAAACACAGACACGCAUAAAUACACAUCAGUUACAUUCAAAGCCAGCACUGGCAAAUCUCAUAUCAUGAACCCAGUUUCCUAUGGAAUGCACUCCUGUUAUAGACACACACACGCAUACAAUGCACUCGUACAUUAAGUCCUUCACCAUCCCAGUACAUUUUAUGCCCUUGUGUUUAUAGUCACAUUUUUUGCAAUAUUUGUGUGUACAACAGUAUUUUAAUAAAGAGUAAUAAAAUAUAA